CAACGUCACGUUCGUCUCUUUUCUCUCUUGUCUGUGUAUCGUGUUAGUUCGUCGGUCUCCGCUGCCACGUGACUUUCGUUUUCGAUACGCGUAUUUUUAAGUCGCAAAAAUUCGAACUAUUACGACUGUCUUAUUUUUUGUUGUUGUUGUUGUUAUCGCUGUCGUAACUUUUCCUUUUCUUUAUAUCGUCCUUAUUGCAGAAACACUCGUGAAGGACAUUUAUAUCAUAAGUAUUUACGAACGAAAGGAAAGAAAAGAAAACGAGUAAGAAUUGAAAACGAUAAAGAGAUUUUUAAGGAGAGAGAUUUUUAUUCCUUUUUCGAGACAAUAUCGUUUCGUUUUUGCGAGACAUAAUUAUGAAGUACCACGUUGAAAGACGUUCGAACGUUCCUCAUAUCCAAAAGAAAAUUAUGAUCACUCGUUUCCUUUAAACACACGUCGGUGAUACACCGGUGUGAUACAUCGUGGCCCUGGCGAACAGUGUGGCAUGUGACCAUAUGUGAGACAAUGUGGUGGGUGGGUGGAUCCUGCGAUCUCCAACGAUGCAAGUUCCUUGUUCUCCUAAUCCUGAUAGGUUGCAGCGAGGCAUAUCUCAAUAUUUUCAUCAGCCAAUCGCAAGUUAUGAAACUUUUGGGACUCGAGGCGGAAUUGUACUACGUCAGAGAGGGGGUGGUCAACGCGUACGCCAUGAAUUUUGUCGUUCCGGUGCCAGCGAAUAUAGCAGAUCUUGAAUUUUCCUGGCAGAGUCUAGCCGGUCACCCGUUACCAUAUUCUAUGGAGUUGGAUUACGACGUGGUGAGAGUAGCGGGUGCAGCUUCGGGCAUGAUGGCUUUACUGUCUCCGAGGGUGAACGUGUCGGCCAAAGGCGAGGUCCCCGUCGUCCUGCAAGUCUUCAGGAUCAGACUGCCUUGUUCCGGUCUCGUUAGCGCCGAAAUUCCUUUGGCCCUCAGGCUGAACGUCACCGCACCUCCUGGGACCAAGUAUAACGACACCAUACUGGUUUUCAAGAGGAACAAAAUCUGCUUGAAGGGAGUUGAAACACCCCCUCGUAACGAAUCGGUACGUUUAGAGCCUGGUCCUUUGGUGAAUGGUGCUGGUGCGCUCUACGUUGCUGCUACUUGUGCCUGUGCUUUGAUACUAGUCAUCGGCAGUGUCGCUAGCGCUUUGUACAUUCGCAACAGCAAGGCACGAGUUCAGGAAUCUCAGAAAACUCUUCCUUGCUGCAGCUAUUCGGCAGCUGACACCGACGGACUUGCCAGAAGUUCGGUCCUGGUCAGAGUCGACCCACGGCCCGGAAGUGCGAAUUCCGGAAGUUACGCGACCAUCGCCGACCUGGAACCGCUUUAUGCGAGACCUUGUGGAUCCAGAGCGAGUUACUACGCUGCCAGUCAUGUCACGCAUCUCAGUCAGUCAACUGACCCCUGUGAAAAGGCAAGAGCGCUUUCAGUACCGAGAUCGGCACUUUACUGUCGUAAUCUCGUACAGGAGGGAACCUUUGGACGUGUAUACAGAGGAACUUUGGAUAUGGGUGGUCGGGAGCAAGAAGUUAUCAUCAAAACGGUGACAGAGGUAGCAUCCGCUUAUCAAGCAUCCUUGCUCGUUGUGGAGGGUUCGCAAUUGGCCGGUCUGGUACAUGCGAAUAUAGCCUCCUUGGCAGCAGCUUGCCUUGACAGUUCAUGUCCAUUGUUAGCGUACACAAGUACGCAGGGAGAAUUAAAUCUGAAACUCUACCUUACCGAUGGGAAUCAUCAUCCCGUGACCAGGGAUCUGGUGAACGUUGGUGCUCAGGUUGCCAGAGCCGGGGCUUUUCUGCAUGGUCGUGGACUCUUGCAUAGGGAUAUCGCUGCCAGAAAUUGCCUGAUAGAACCUAACAGCCUUCGUGUUAGAUUAGCUGAUGCUGCCUUGGCUCGAGAUCUCUUUCCUCAGGAUUAUCAUUGUCUUGGGGACAAUGAAAACAGACCGAUACGUUGGAUGGCUUUGGAAAGUCUUCAACACAAUCAGUAUAGCACUGCGACGGACGUGUGGUCCUUCGGCGUAUUCCUCUGGGAAUUAGCAACGUUGGGUCAGCAACCAUACGUUGAAGUUGAUCCAUUCGAAAUGAUGGCCUGUCUUCGAGAUGGAUAUCGAUUGGCACAACCAAGACCUUGUCCCGACGAGCUCUUCGCUGUUAUGGCCGUCUGUUGGCUUGGCCUUUCGAGGGAUCGACCAACGAUGCCACAACUUCUCGCCUACUUGCAGGACUUUCACGACGCUCUCGGUGGUUUCAUAUAAAUCUACAAUCACGAGUUUAAAAGAGUUAUUCAUUGAAAGAGUCGAUCGAAACGUCCUAAUGCGAAUCAAAGACUAAUUUCGAUAAUCAAAUGAAACAUUCCGAAAUCAAACCAAAUGGAAUUGAAUUUGCACUGCCAAAUUUGCGAAAUAAUGGAAAUACCUUUUGAUAUUCGUGAUAUUUCGCUUAACACACCAUAAAAUAUUUUAUCUCUAUCUUUCUACUCUUUCUCUCUCUAUCUCUUUGUGUCUGUCUGUCUGUCUCUUUUUCUCUUUCUCUUUCUAUUUCUCUUUCUCUCUCGAUUUAUAUCUGGUCUAGGUAACCGCACGACGAAUCUUCGCGAAUCCGAUCUCGCGAUCGAAACACAUAUAUGUUUACGUCCGUCCAUGAUUUUCAAAAAGUCUUGUGAGAGGAAGAACGUAGAGAAAGAAGAAAAGGUGCGCCUAUCGAAACGCAAUACGUCGUCUUCCGAAGUAAGACGGAUCAACGACGAGACAAACGAUCGAAUGAAACGAUCCAUCGAAGUGAUUUCGUUUUGUCGAUAUAUAAAAAUCGAAGAAAAGAGAAAAGAAAAGAAAAAGAAGACAAAUUAAUUACUUUCUCUUUCGUUGAUAAUGCAAAUUUAAAUAACUACCUUCGCAUAUACGACGUUCGAAGAAAAAAGAUGAAUUAUAAUUGGCAAAUAAGAAUUAAAAUGACGAUUCUCACGGGAUAAAUCGUAAAAAAGGGAAAAUAGUGUUACGGAGCUCGUAUGCAAGAUAAGAACGGAGGACGAAAUAAAGAAGAGAAACUUAAGCGAGUCGAUGGACAAAAACGGCAAUUACGAAAUUAUGGCCUUUGCUAAUUAAGACGAGGAAUAGAUAGACAGACAGAGAGAGAGAGAGAGAGAGAGAGAGAGAGAGAGAGAGAGAGAGAGAGAGAGAGAGGAAAAGAGAGAGAGAGAGAAAGAGAGAGAGAGAGGGGGGGAGAUGUAACCUUUUCUCGUUGAUCUUGGCAAAUGGCAGACUUAGAAAACAUCUAUCUCUCUUUCUCCCUUUUCGUAAUUAUAAAGACUCUUUGCGGAAGAUCGAAUCGGUAAAUGCGCCUGUACCCGUGUAGUCGUUCGAUUAUUAUUCAUUAACGAUUACGAUUGCGAAGUCUCGGAUUAUCGUCAAGUCGAGGACAUAAAAAGAGAGAGAAAGAGAGAAUGAAAAAAAUAAAGAGAGAGAAGAGAGAGGAAGAGAGAGAGAGAGAGAGAAAGAGAGAGAGGAAGAGGGAGAGAGAAAGAGAGAAAGAAGGAAGGAAAGGAAAAGAGAAGGGGAGAGUUGCGUGCGCGUGAGCACUGACAUACACAUAUAAACAAAAAAGAGGGAAAUAUACAUGUACAGAAGCAAGGCUCGGAGACACACUUAGGAAUCCUAUUGUCGUGUAUCUGACCUUCGAAAGGCGCACAUACAAAUACAAUCGAACGAAGGAAAAGAGAGAAAGAGUUGUGUACGUAUGUGUAGGAAAGAAAGAGUGAGAGAGGGAGAGAGAGGGAGUGAAAAGAGACAGAAUCGUGUAUGAGUUAGUGCGCACGCGCACGUAUACUGACUGGUUGCGUAAAUGGGCGGUUUGACUAUACGUCUCUUACUCGUAGUUAUGUACCUAUUAGCUACACCGCGAAAGUCAUGUCGAACGUAGGUACGCACGUCACGCGCGAGGAAGCUCGAAUUUGCCGCCACUGCCGUCUCUCGUCGCUAAAUUUCGAUCCUACGUCGUCCCUCGAUCAUCACGCUGAAACACGCCCAAGCGAAAAUUCGACGACUGAUUUUAAUCGCUGCUGCUAAUCUACUUCUAAAUGUAUUCUAAUUAGGGCUGGCAAUAUCGGUCGAUUUUUUCGAAGGAUCGAAAAUCUCAACGAUUCGUCGAUUCGAAGAAUCGAAACCUUGUUUUCGAGAAUUUUGAAGAGCGCGCAAGCAAAAAAAAGAAAGUUCGACUUCCUUAUUUCUUAUUAUUCUUGCCAAAACAUCGCGUAGAUUACCUUUUUUUGUUUUAAUAAUUUUAAAGUCGAUUUAGCGCUGAUAAAGAGAGAUUGUCGAAUUUUCGAAAAAGAUCGACUCUCGAAUAAUUUUAAGUCGAGUAUUUCGAGGAACUCGUAUAAAUGCCGGUCCUAUAAUUCUACUAACUACUCGAUGUUUAUUAAAUGUCUCGCAUGUUUCCCGAUUACAAAACCAUUAUAAUCCUUAUUCCUUUCCCUAUCCCACACUCCCGCCACUCUUUCCUAUCGUUUUUCCUCGAUAUUUCCCGAUGUGCUCUCUGUAAAAAAAAAAAGAAAAAAACAAAAAAAAAGAACAAGAAAAAAAGAGAAAGAAGAGAGAAAAGAGAAGAAGAGGGUGUCGAAAGAAUUUGGCUCUCUACAUUCUCGUACAUAUAAUUAACUAUUUAACAAUGACAGCGAGUGUCGCUCUUCUUCUUUUGGGAGAAAGAAAAAAGGAAAAAACAAAAAAAAAGGAAAAAAGAAAAAAAAAAGAAAGCAAGUAAGAAAUUUACUCGAACUAAACUAUUUAUAACGAAUUUAUUGCUCGCUAAUCUUUAAAUCUUACGAAAUUGUAAAGCGAAUUAAUUAAUUUAACGAAAAUCGUCGGUACCUACGGCUAAAUAGUCUUGUAAUCCGAUACUCGUAUUUCGUGAAUGUUGUUUCAAUGGAGGAACAGGGUUGGCUAGGGUUGCAUACACAAACGCGAACGCACGUAUACACAGGGAAGAACGCGUUAGUAGUAAACAACCCGACACACGCGGACACGUAUGCACGCACACAUACAUACUUUUUUCGCUAUCGAUGUACGCUGGAAAUCGCUUAAUUUCCACGCGCAUUCAAGAUCCAAUUAAUAACGACAACGAUAACGAUAUACCUAUCUCGUUUUUUCCCUUAUCGCGGGAAACUCUCGUCGUACGAAUAUCGAAUCGUUCGAAUGGCAACGAGAGAAAUCGAAGGGUGGACUGAUUUUCCCGCGAGUCUUUCGUUUCUCUCGAUUCGAAUUUCCCCAACCCAAUUUCCCUUUUUCCCUUUCCUCAACCCCUACCCCUCUUAUCUCGUCGGCAGUCCACCCACAACCCACGAUCCCGAUAAUACCACGGACCUCUUAAAAGGAUUCCGAAGGAUUCCGAACACAGUUUCGAGUUCACUGUAAAUACCUCUAGCGAAUAAAGGAUAGUGGUGCGCCGAGUGAGUUGAUUUGUGCAGAUUCUAUUAUUUCCUACGACGAUUUACGGCAUUAUUUUUCAACGGAAAAAGCGAAGAAAUAUACGUGUUGAGAAGAAA